AGUUGACCUUUUCCGAGCCCGAAGAAUAGAAAAUGGCAAAGCGUGUUCUCAUUACGGGUGCCUCGGGAUUACUUGGCAGGGCCAUCUACAGGGAAUUCCUGAAGGACAACUCUUGGGAAACACUUGGACUGGCCUUCAGUCGCGUCAAAGAGAACUUGAAAAAAGUGGACAUCACUGACGAAAAUCAAGUGAAAGAAGUCAUCAGUACUUUCAAACCAUCAGUCAUAAUUCACAGUGCUGCAGAAAGAAGGCCUGAUGUAGUGGAAAACAACCCUACAGGAACACAGCAACUCAACAUACAGGCUACAGAACAUAUCUGCCAGGCUGCAAAGUCCAUUGGUGCUUGGGUUCUGUACAUCAGCACAGAUUAUGUGUUUGAUGGGACUUCUCCUCCAUACAAUGAAGACGCAAAGCCGAAUCCUCUGAAUAAGUAUGGGCAGAGUAAACUGGAGGGUGAAAAGAUUACACUGGGGGCAUCUUCAGAGAAUUCUGUAUUAAGAGUGCCAAUUCUGUAUGGAGACAUAGAAUACCUCUCGGAAAGUGCAGUCACCAUUCUCUUUGAGAAUAUCUUGGCAGGAAAAGAAUCGAUUGCAUCCGAUUAUGAAAUAAAAUACCCCACUCACUGUGCGGACAUAGCUUAUACUAUCAGACAAUUAGCUGACAAAAGACUACAGAUUCCAGAAAAAGUUUGUGGCGUGUUCCACUGGACAUCAAAUGAAAAAAUGACGAAAUAUCUAAUGUCCGUUGCCAUGGCAUCUGCAUUCUCCCUUGACACAAAGAACAUAAUACCGGACAAGAAUCCCUCCAAGGGUGCACCCCGGCCUUAUGACACACAUUUAUCCUGUGAAAAAAUGGAAGCCAUUGUCUCUGGGAGACGGACACUAUUUUCAGAUGGGAUAAAGUUGGUUUUGGAGCCAUAUGUUAAAAAAUAACUAGAAAAUUUCACUAAAUUAGUAUUUCAUUAAAUUUAGGUACAUGUA